AUGAGUUCGUCCUCUGUUCGAGUCCAACACCCACCCACUGGAACUCCUAAAGGGGUUGUUACUUCUCCUACCAGCCCCAGCUCUAUGAAUUUCGACAUUGUCCGCUGCUCGCGAUGUCAGCGCUCUAUGAGCCUCGAGAACGAAUCCUCCCCCGGGGUGGUUCGUUUCGGCAUGAACUCCUACUACUGCAGCCGAUGUGCGUCCAUGUACUGGGACACAAGGUCGACGUUAUCAUCGCUGAAUUUCCAAAUGAUUGACUCAACUGUAUCCGAACCCUCGCUCCAACGAUACCAUUCGGAACCGCCGCUGUGCGGCCUAGAUCAUCUAUCACCGUUCAUCGGCAUGGACGUGCCUCGGUGGAACUCGAUUGUUGAGAAACAUAUCCCUAGACCACUUUGGGUGGCCUGCGCCCGUUGCGACGAAUUACACAUGAAUGGCAUCAAUGGCAUGGAAGAGCUUGCUUGCUCACGCGCCUCAUCCAACACUCGGCUCUACCAAAUAAGGCUAUUGACCAUGAAAAAUGACGAAUUCUCGGUCCUUCUCUCUCAAUUGCUACACCUCCACUACAUGGAGGAAGAAAUAUGCACGAUUAUUCACUCGCGAUUCUUGCGUAAGAUCGAGGAAGUGCAUUCUGGAGUCUUGUCUGAACAUCGUUACUAUUGA